ACUUCAUAAUUUCUCAUUUUUGUAAGCGUAAAGUAUUUGUGGCAUUGAUAUUUACAGCAUUGGGAUCAUGGAAUCUGUCAGCGGCGGAGUUUUUCCUCAAACAACCAAUAUAAUUUGCCAACUUCAUUAUGAUUUCGAGAGUUACAAAUACACUGUAUAUAGAUGUGCGGCCAAAUUUGUUAAACUUCAAAAGAUACUAUUUACAAAUAAUAUCCCAUAUAAAUUGGUAUUGGCUGUUAUGGAUCGUCAUGGAAUAAUGGACGAUGUUAAUUUGAUGGUUCCGCCUUUCCAGUUAACCUCUUUGAUACAUGACAUAUUUUUUGCCUGUGAAAAGCUAGGGCAUUUCACUAAGAUGGUAUCAUAUGGCCUGGAAUCAGCUACAGCCGUUCUUUCGAAUUUCUUUUGGAAUAUUUUUGAUCCACAUCGUCGCCAUUCGAUAUCUCUUUUGGAGAUUAAGAUAACAUUUCUCUUGUUGUGUAAGUUGCAUGCUUCAGACCAAAUGGUCUUGGAAUUUUACAAUUUACUAUGUAACAGGAAGACAAAAUGUGUAUCUAAGCUCAACUUUGAAUAUAUGCUGAACAUUUUGUCGAAAAUAUUCUCAUAUAUAGGGGAGGCAUCAGCAUAUGGAUCUCAAAACACCACAACGGUCUUGGAUCAGUCCUAUGCUAGGUGCCACAAUUUGUCUGGCCUAACUGAAUAUCAGUUUCACUGUUUGUGGACCACAACACAAACACGUUUCCUUAUAUACGCAAAUUUAAUUGCACUCAUUAAACGGAUUGAAGACACAGAGAAGCUGAUUCAUCUCAACACUUGUGCAUCUUGUCACGUUGAAAAAAUAACUGGAAUUCGCUUUAAAUGUCAAAAUUGCAAAGAACUCUCGUUGUGUUUAAAAUGUUUUGCCAAGGGCUAUUCCAAUAAUAAACAUGACUCCAGACAUCGAAUGUAUGAAGUAUAUGUUGAGGAUGUACCACCUAAAAAAUUCUCUUACUACUUAGCCAAAUUAUGCACAGGUAUUUUUUGUGCGGCUAAACGCUCAAGUGAUGAUACCAAAGGUUUUGCUAACGAAACGGUAACACAGAAUGACACAGAGUUGGUAACCAUUGCCACCAAUAGAACAUCAAAUGCAUCAACCGUUAGUGUUAAGGCAUCCGCUGGUAAUGCUGUUUCAGCUGCACAGAAAAAAGUUUUCGAAGAAAAAAGCAAAAGUGAUAAUAAUAGUCAAAAAAUUGAAGUGGAUGCUUCGUUAGCUUGUCUUACAACAACUGCUUCGACAGCCUUAAAUGUUUCUGGAAAAUUGCAAACCAUAAUUGACAAACUUCUGAAUCAAAAUGAAAAACUGGAGGACCAAUUAAAAUAUAUAGAAUCAUCAACGACAGAAGAAAUAUCGCAUUUCUUAAGAGAACAUCAAGAAUUUCUAAGGGAAAUAAUAGCGGAAAUGCGAAGUUUUUCGACUGUACAUUCGGAAACCUCAAAAACAUUUUUGCCAAGUAGCACCCCAAACCGGUGGGGAGUACCAGGCAUGGAUAAUCUAAGCGCUGUAGUUAACACACAAUCUAUUUGUAAUAGUUUUCCAUAUGAAGACAAAGCAAGGGAUAAUCUAACUCAUUCAAUUAAUGGUGCAGAUGUUAAUCGUACCUAUCUUGAUGCCAAUAAAUCGGAUUAUUCCAUUAACGAUUUGAGCCUAUGGUUUAAUCAAAGGCGUUUAUCAUCCCAACCUCACAAUUCUAUGGCCAUGGUACAACCACUUUCCGUUCUGACGGAAGUCACAUCGCAGGAUGAACUUAAUUAUUAUGGCCUUAAUUCCCGUGAUACAGAAUUGGAUAAUUUUAAAUUACUUUUGAAUAAAGUUAAAGAAAUUGUAGAUGACUCUUACAGCGACAAUGCGGACUUGUCCGAAGCUACACAAAAUUUGGAAAAUGUUCUGGAAUCAAUAAUCAAUACCGAAGCAGACCGAAAACUGAGCCUAAAUUAAUUUGUAAUCAUUCCAUCCAUCACAUUGUUAUGAACAAUUGCAAUAUAUUUUCAGUAGCUUUAAGUUAUAAGCGUUAAAAAUCCAGAACACACAAUUUUAACUAUUUUGUACAAUAAAUUUUAUACAUACUUUUAUAAA